AUGGCUGGAAUUGGUGGUGCUUUAGGAGGAAUCAUUGAUGGAAUUGGUGGUGCUAGCGGAGCAGAUGGUGCGGGUGCUGCCUUAUUGGCCACUGGAGGAACCACACUUGGAAUAGGUGGUGCAGUUGGCGGAACAGGAGGUGCAGGAGGUGCAGGAGGUACAGAAGGUGCACUCACAUUUCGUUUAGGAGGUGCCGCUCCAAAAGGAUUAAACUUUUUCUUUUCUUCCCUUGGUUUCUCAGGAACAGGAGUAGACGCUUCUGAUGAAGUUGAAUAUCCUGAUUUUGACCCAUCAACCACAAAUGACUCGUUUCUUUUCGAGUUGAUCUCAGCAAGGAAUGGCAACCCUCCUGCUGCUGGCGUGGGGGAUUUUGCUUUUGAUGAUGAUGGUGGUGGGAGUGAUAACGUAGGUGGAGGAGGGCCUGGUGGUGGGGGAGGUGGUGCUCCACCAGUUGGUAACACAGGAACCAUAGGUGGUGGAGGUGGAGGUGGAGGAGGUGGUGGAGCCCCGGUAGUUGACAACGGUGGUGCCGGUGGAGGUAUAGGGGCAGCAGCAGGUGGUGGUGGAGGUGCCAGAGGAAUAGCUGGUGGGAGCAUGUUUGGAAUAGGUGGUGGUCCCGAAGUAGGUAUUGGUGGAGGAGGUGGAGGUCCUGAUGCAGGAAUAGCUGGUGCUUUUGUACUUGAACUCAUUCUAUUAUUUGUAGGCACUGAAUCAACCACAUGCUUGUCAUCUCGUUUUGCGUUAAUUUCACUAAGGAAAGGUAAUGGCGAUGCCAGUGGUGGAAGAGCCGUAGCAGCAGCUGGAGUACUAGAUGCAGGUGGUGGUGGUGGUGGUGGAGGUGGAGGUGCCGAUGCAAGUGCAGGUGGUGCCGCUGGGGGUGCUGCCGGAGGAGGAGGUGGUGGUGGUGGUGGUAUGCCCAUUGGAAUUGGCGGAAGUGGAGGUGCAGCCAUAGUAGGCAAAGGAGGUGGAGUUUUAUCUUCAAUCACUGAAUUGACAGAGUCUGUUCUAAGAUGGGUCGAUUUCUUGGGUCUGGUGGGUGGCAUCUUCGGAGGACUUGGGGAAACCACGGGUGGCGGUGGUGGUGGGAGUGACCCUGGAAUUGGGGGUGCUGCCGUUGGAAUCGGGGGCGCUGCUGUUGGAACUGGUGGUGCAUGUAUAGUUGGUGGUGGUGCUGACAGAAUACUCAGAGAUUUUUUAUGGGCUGGUCUUGAACCAGUGGGGACUGAGGGUAUUUCUGGAUGUUUGGUAGGUCUCGAACCAGUGGGCACGGAAGGGAUCGGCGGAUGGGCCGCUGAAUUGGUAGGAAUUGGGAUCUUAGGUGCUGAUGGAGGAACCAUUCCUGAUCUAUUAUCCACAUGUUUCAACUUUGGCAUACCGCCGGCGAAUAUAUCACCCAAUUGUGGAGGUCCAGCUGAAGGAAUAGCCGGUGCAUGUGAAGAAGAUGUAGAUGUGGCAUUGGAAGGUUGUGGUGGUGCUGCUGAUACUGAUACUUUACUGUCUAUGAUUGGUUUUGAUUUAUCAACGGUGACUGCCUUUUUCAAUUUCAUUCCCUUACGAAUAUCACCAAGAAGAGCGUCUCUUCCUGGCGGCAUUGCUGGAGGAGGACCUGCACUGCCUAAACUGGGAGGGGGCGGUGGACCUGGUGGUGGUGGUGGACCCGGAGGAGGUGGUGGCGGUGGUGGUGGAGGAGGAGCUGCCAUUGUAUGA